GUGUGUGACGUUACAAUUUAACUAUACAAAUUUUUCCCCUCUGAACUUAAAAGUAAAAAAUGCAAAAAAAAAACCUUUUGUUUUCUAGACAUUUGAAUUUUUUUUUGUUUUUAUAUUUUUGCGAUUUGUUCUUAUGUGCAAAGUUAAGAUUUGUAAUUUGCGCCCACUGAAGUUUGAAGUUGUUCAGUAGUGUACGAGACGCGCUGCUAGACGUUGUGCUUCGCUUAAAGUUUAGAAAAAAAUUCAAUCUCCGUAAUUAAAAUGAGCACCGAAUUUUCCUUAAUAAAGGAUUUUUUGUGUUCCGCUGUAAGGAUUUUUGCCGUUAUUUUCAAACGAAAUACUUAAUUAUUAAAACUAAAAAAACGAAUGAUUUAAAUUAUUCCAUAUAUUUUAAAAAGGAGUACAAUAACAGCGAUAAGCAAACUACUAAUCUUAGGUAAUAUUUAGUUGGAGCAGCAAUCUACGUUUAAUAAAUUGAGUGAAAUUUUUAUACCAAAAAGAAUUUAAAAAGAAGUUUGAAAGUGAUCGUAUUGAAAGUUUAACACAAAAAACAAAACAUAAAAAAAAACUAAAAUAAAAAAAACUGCUAGUCGUAUAAAAAAGUCAAUCCAAAUACUUCAGUUUACAUCCAGUCAAAGUUCACUAUUUUAAAGAAGUUUGACUACCACUGUAGUGUUACAUGAAACCAAAAUAUGGCGAAAAUAAUCAACAAACCCGCCCUAAGCAUUUUUACUAUCCUACUGCAUUCAGCACUUGCGGUGCAAGCAGAGCCACAACUCGAUCUGCCACCUCUAAAUCCAGACACGCAGGAUCCAACGCUCUACUACAAUGCGCUCACACCUAGAACACCAGCAAGUCCACAACAAACGCUAGGCGAUUUCGAUCGCAGUCAACGUUAUGGGCCACCAUACUCCAGCGAUGGAGUGAAUGAUGAUGGCGCUGAUGAUUUUAGAAACGGCCAGACGUACGAUGAGCGCAUGCGCUACGGUUAUGCCUAUCCGGCAAGGCAGCCGAACUUUACACGCCCUGUCGCUGAUUCACCCUUCUCUGACUACAAUAACAAUAAUAUAGGACAACAGCAACGCGAUAAUUAUCGUUUCCCCAAUCAUAAUUAUGAUAAUCCAAGUGAUCGCUUCAAUAACAACAAUCGGUAUGCAGAUGGUCUUGAUGAUCGUCAGCAAGAUCGCUUCAACAAUCCAACUAAUGAUUACAACGCACGCUUUAAUGGAAAUCAACCACCAGUUGGAAGCGAUUUUGAACCAAAUAGUCCCUUUAAUCCGAAUAAUCCUUAUAACAAUGAUCGUAGUCGCUUUGAGAAUCCUUUCCGUCCAAAUCAAGAUCGUUUUAAUUUGAAUAAUGAUCGUUACUUUGAGAGGCAACGUUUCCAACAAGAUCGCCGCUAUCAAAUUGAAUUGGAGAAGCUGCGUAAUUUGCUGGUCGAGACUGAUCACAAAGGAUCGCUGGAGUGUACAGCAAAUGUGGCAGCGCAAUGGAACUUUGAGACAAAUGUGAAUGAGAUAACGCAAGCGCAAGCGCUCAAUGCCCAACAAAAUUAUGUUGACUUUCUGCGCUUGGUCGCCGAGCAGUCAAAGACCGUAAAUAAGGAACUUAUACUCGAUCGACGACUAUAUCGGCAGCUCAUGCUACAGUCUGAAGCUGGACCCAAUGCGCUACCCAUAGAAACAUUGGAUCGGUACAAUCGCCUGAUCAAUGAAAUGCUGUACAUUUAUAAUGAAGCCACAAUUUGCGCUUAUCAACAACCGUUCGUCUGCAACCUGCGCUACAUACCCGAUCUCAAGGAGAUUAUGUCUAAAAGUCGCGACUGGGAUGAGUUGCAGCACACCUGGGUGGAGUAUCAUCGCAAAGCCGGACGUGAAAUGCGCGAUGGUUAUGAACAGCUGGUGGAUGUAAUGAACGAGGUUGCCUAUGUGAAUAAUGUCACGAACGGCGGCGAGUUUUGGUAUCUCCCUUAUGAGUCAGCCAACUUUCGACAGGACGUUGAGAUUGUUUGGGAACAAAUACGUCCACUCUACGAGGGUCUACAUUCGUAUGUGCGUCGUAAAUUGCGCGACUAUUACGGCCCGAAUCGCAUCAAUCGCAUUGCACCCAUACCCUCGCAUAUACUCGGCAAUAUGUAUGCGCAGUCGUGGUCGAACAUCUUGGACAUUGUCAUACCGUAUCCUGGACGCAAAUUGGUCGAUAUAACGCCACGCAUGAUCGAACAAGGCUAUACGCCAUUGCUUAUGUUUCAAUUAGCUGAGGAAUUCUUCACUUCGAUUAAUAUGUCGGCCGUGGGUCCUGAAUUCUAUCGCAAUUCUGUCUUGGAACAACCCUUGGAUGGACGACGUGUAUUUUGUGAGCCCUCAGCAUGGGAUUUCUGUAAUCGUCAUGAUUUUCGUGUUAAAGUUUGUUCGGAAAUUAGUCAGAAGGGCCUGCUGAGUGCGCAUCACGAGAUGGCGCAUAUACAGUACUUUUUACAGUAUAGGCAUUUGCCGAAAGUUUUUCGAAAUGGUGCAAAUCCAGCUUUUCAUCAAGCGAUCGGCGAUGCGGUAACAUUGUCGAUAUCGACAUCAAAACAUUUUCAAACGAUCGGGCUGCUGCAACGCUCGGUCGAUGAGUCCAGCUAUGACAUAAACUACCUCAUCACGAUGGCUUUGGAUAAGGUUGCUUUUCUGCCUUUUGCCUUGGCCUUGGACAACUGGCGCUACGAUGUAUUUAGUGGGAAUACCAACAAGCACACGAUGAAUUGCCACUUCUGGAAUCUCAGGGAGCGCUAUGGGGGAAUUAAACCGCCAGUGCUACGUUCAGAGAAAGACUUUGAUUUGGGAGCAAAAUAUCACAUUCCAGCGAAUAUACCCUACAUCAAAUACUAUGUCUCCACUAUUUUGCAAUUUCAAAUUUAUCGUGGCAUGUGCCGCGUCAGUGGUCAAUAUGUGCCUGGAGAUCCACGCAAGCCGUUCCAUCGAUGCGAUAUUUAUCGACAUCCGGAAGCAGGAAAUUUAUUAAAACGCAUCAUGGCCAAGGGCGCCUCACAACCAUGGCAAGAAGUGCUCGAGGAAACACUUGGUGAGGGUCGUUUGGAUGGUACAGCGCUGCGUGAGUACUUCGCGCCGCUCGAGGAGUGGCUGCGACUUGAAUCAUUGCGCACAAAUGAAUUCGUAGGCUGGAACUAUGAUGGUGACUAUUGCAAGCGCAGCAUUGAGACGGCGAAUCUGCAAGUGACAGGUGGCUACUAUAAUGCGGCUGCUCGCACAGAGGUAGUGCCUUUGCCAGUAGCAUUGGUUAUGGGUUGGUUGGUGGUUUUUUAUGUGGCGUCGCCGAUGAAGAAAUAUUUUUAUAGAUAAAGAAUAAUGUAAUUAUAAAUUUAUAUAGAUUGUUGAUGGAUGCUGGAUAUUUAUUAAUUGUACAGUUUAAAAAGAAAUAUUUAUAUCUUCAAAAGUGUAAAUUAUGCUAACGCUUAUGGAUUGUUAAAAUAAAAUUUUGACUAAAUAUAAAUUUAGAUAAAACCAUUUUGACGAAGUCAUGUUAAGUAAAGAAUUUUUGGGUCACCUGAUUUCUGUGCAGUUUUAAGACUCAA